UAUUGUCAGUUGUAAAUUGGCGCCACGAUUCGACACAAUUUGUUUGGAAAAAUGGAAACAGCUCACAACUCCGAAGAUUUGUUUGCAUCUCAAGACGACACAAGCUUGCGGGAAGCACAAAUUGCUGCUGAACCUUCCCAGCUAAACACUAUUGGGAACAACGAGCCAACAGGCCAACAUAAAAGAGCCAACGGAGAAGAGUUCCAUAACACGGUUGAAAAUGAAACACCCGACCUUGUGUUUUCCGAGGAUGUGGACUUUGGGGAGCACAGUGAAAAACAGCAGACUGCAUCUGAGCCAGAAAGCGGUACCACGGAUGCGGAGGUUCCGAAUUUGGUCAAACAACCAGCUGAAAAUGAAGUUGAUUUCGAAGCUGACCUCGAGGCCGAACUCGAAACCGAACUUGUAGAUUUAAGGAUGGAGGCAGAGGAAGAACGCACCAACAAAGAAUCUGCUGAUAAUGACGAUGAGCUUUUGAAUGAAUUGGGCGAACCCAUCGACGUGGCGGAUGGAGAAAGUGCUUCGAAAACCAACAAAGAACUUUCAGAAGAACGACUGGCACAGUUUCCUUUGGCACGCGUGAAACAAAUAAUGAAAUUGGAUCCAGAUGUAGGAAUCGUAUCUGCGGAAGCGAUAUUUUUGGUGACAAAGGCUGCGGAACUGUUUGUCCAAACACUGGCUAAAGAUACCUACACCCAUACGAUAGCUUCUAAGAAAAAAACGAUGGGACUUAAAGAUGUGGAGUUAGCGAUUGAAAGUAUUGAUUCGCUAAUGUUUCUAGAAGGGAUGAUGAAAGAUAACUGAAUAUAAACAGCACCCUCUUUCACCGAUCUUGUUGAACAUUCAUAGGGCGACUAUUUUCAUAUUUUUGCUCUGCAUGAUUUCCCUUCCGAACAGCAAGACGAAACACUUACACUCUUAUCCUUAUUUCGGGUUUUCUACAACUUUUCCUCAAGAGUAGUUGCAAAGCCAAUUUAGUUUCCUCUGUAGCUCCAAACUCGAUAGGCAUUAUUGUUCAGUGUUCCAGAGCACUUUCUAUCGAUAAUUCACAUAGAUCUCAUAAACAUCAUUAGUAAAUUUUU